AUGACAAUGGUUAUGAAUGAGAUAGAUAUAGGCCGAGGCGUGCCAACAGAACUUGAAGACCUAGAACAUCAAGUCCAUCAUCAGCUGAAGAUGCCCAUCUCCAAUGAAGCACAAAUCCAGGAAUGCAAAUAUUCCCUGAUGAUGAAGUCAUUAAGGUGGAUAACAAGUGGCAAUGAUGGUAAUACUAGUGUAGUGGCUGCUGACAGUGCUAACAAAUGUGAUACUACAGAUGCCAUUACAAGUGGCGCUAAAAAUACACUAGACAAGGUGGCAGAUAAAACCGUAGGCGAGUCAGCAGAUAAAGCUGAAAGUGAGCCAGAAGAUGAGACAGAACAUGAAACAGAUGAUGAGACAGAUUCGGAGGACGAUGAUAGCACUACUGACCCAGACUAUGAACCAUUUGAUGAUAUUGAAACGGAGGCUGAUCAAGGUGAAGAUGAUGUAGACCAUGUACCAGGUGAUGUGUACAAAGGUCGAAAGUUCCUGUGUACGAGGACCAACUUUUAGCUGCCUUUCAAGUGUGUCCAGUUUGCAGUUCACCAGCAAAGGGUUCUGUGUUUGCUGUGCAGGGUACAUUUUGCAGAAUUAGACAAGUUUGUGCUUCCUGCAAUUUCAAGAGAAUGUGGGAAUCGCAGCCCAUGAUAAAGAACACUCCUGCAGGGAACAUUUUGCUAUAUUCAGCCAUCUUGUUCUCCGGCUCAUGUGUUGCCAAAUCACUCAGGCUUUUAAGGCAUCUGAGAUGUGCAAGCAUCUCAGAGCAAGCAUAUUUCAUUCACCAACGGAAUUUCCUGCUCCCAAGCAUAGACCCUGUGGGAAGAAGACAGAAAGAAAAGGAUAGAAGAACUAACAAAAGGAGAAAAGAUAGUUCUUGGUGGUGAUGGCCGAUGCGACUCACCAGGACACUCAGCCAAAUAUGGGUGCUAUACCUUAAUGGACCUAAAUGGUGCACGAAUAGUUGAUGUUCAGCUUGUGCAUGUAUAUUUAAGAUGAUUGAAAAAAAAUUUCCAAGAUACUUUUGUAAUUAAUUCCUAUGCAAACACAAUUUUUCAGUUAAACAUUAAUUGUAUUAUUGGUUAUGUUUUUUAGUCAAAUGAGGUUGGCUCAAGCAGCGCUAUGGAGAAGGAAGGCCUUGUGAGAGCCGUUACAGUUUAAAAGAUGAUGGAGUACACGUUGAUGUAUUAGUGACUGAUCGCCAUUCGUCGAUCAAGAAGUGGGUGAGAGAAAACAUGGAGGGAACAGUCCACAAAUUUGACAUCUGGC